UUAUGACAAGUUUGUUUUUAUCCCGAAUAUAUCGAUACUUAGAAGGAAGUAGUAGAAAGUGAAGUUUGAACCACUUUUUCAGAAUAGCAGUUAGCACAACUGUUAGUGAAAGCAGGUUAGCUAAAGCUGGUUAGCUGUGACGAAGAUGCCUUUGUUAGUGACAGACUAUUCCUGGACUCAGACAGAGACGAUGGUUUACAUCAGUGUGCCUUUAAAAGGAGCUACACUCAGCAAGGUGGACAUCUUUUCUACAGACGAGUAUAUAAAGGUGCAUUACCCACCUUAUUUAUUUGAGGCCUUCCUUUUUGAACCUGUGGAUGAAGGUAGAAGCACAGCAAAGGUUGGAAAUGGAGCAGCAGUGAUCAGUUUGCCAAAGAAAACCCAUAAAGUGUGGGAGGAUCUGAUGAUAGUUACAGAUAAUAAGGAAACAAAGAAGGAGAUAAGAGAAAGAGCUCUGUUGAAAUACCAGCAAAAGCUUUCCUCAGAGUCCAAAUCCAAGGCUGAACAGAAGAAUGCAGAGAAAAAAUAUACACUGCAGACAAUGAUGACGCUUGAAAAGGAGGAAAGAGAAAGUAUUGAGAAAAUGAAAGAGAUGGAGCGAGAGAAAACCACAGCUGAGCUGGCAGCAUGGCAGCUGAGACAGAAACAAAAGUUAGAAGAAGAAGAAGAAGCCCGCCUAAAACUUCAAAAUCAGAGAGAAAAUCAAAACAAAGGGCCAGCUGUGACAAACAAGCAGGGAAAGGGAUGCUCAAGUAGAGGAAAGGCCAAACAGAAUCCAACAGAUAAAAAAAUGGGGAACAGCAAGAAAAAACAAGUAGACCUGCCUGCUCCAAGAAGUGCUGGAAACAUUCAAGUCAGGUUCACUCCUCGAGUUUUCCCAACAGCCCUCAGAGAGUCGAGGCAGCAAGAAGAGGAAGAGUGGCUCCAAAGACAAGCUGAAGCGAGGCGAGCAGUGAAUGCAGAUGUAGAAGAGCUGAAGGAUCUGAAGGAAGAGCAGAGGAACCCUGCCUGGUUAAAGGAAAAAGGAGACAAAUGUUUUGCAGCUGGAGACUACCUGGGGGCAGUAAAUGCCUACAGCUUGGCUAUCAGGCUCAACAGAAAGAUCUCAGCACUGUAUUCAAACAGAGCUGCAUGUCAUCUCAAGUUAAGGAACCUUCACAAAGCCAUUGAGGACUCUUCUCAGGCCCUGGAUCUGUUGAGUCCACCUGUUGCUGCCAACGCAGCAGCCAGAGCCAGAGCUCAUGUCCGCAGAGGGUCUGCUUUCUGCCAGCUGCAGCUCUAUACAGAAGGGCUGCAGGAUUAUCAAGCUGCACUGAUGAUCAACCCUCACAAUGAAACACUGCAGGCGGACACACAGAGAAUCAGAGACAUUAUUCAAGGCACAGCCGACUGAGGCAUAGUGAGGGAAACUGUUUUGAUACUUUAAUAAAUGAGAACAGAUACUACAGGCUUCUGCAUGUUUGUAACCAAACAGUCAAAUAAAAAGUAAAAUCCCUGCAGUUUGUAUUCAAAGUGAGAAAGGUUUAAUCCACUUCUAUUAAACAGUGCUAUAGUUGUACGUGGAGGAAGCUGUUAAAGAAUGUGCAUAGCUCCCUCAUGUGGUGGAUUGUUGCACCUACAUACUAACAAUUUAUUAAAUCAUUACAUAAUUAUUAUUAUUUGCAAUAUGAAUUAUGGCAUUGCAGUUUUCUCAGUAUUGGAGUUUAAUAAUCAGCAAUUACAACUCUAGGGAUAAAACAAAUAUUCAUAAAGUCUGCCUCAGUGACUGUAAAUGUUGCUGCCUUGUGCAUUGACUUACUUUCAAUUUCAAAUCUACAUGAUAGGAGAAGUGGGUAUGAACUUAGUCAAAAAUGUAUAAGCAAUCAGAUUAGUUAAGUGAUUCUUAUUGACUUAAAAUGAAUGGACAAAGUAAGAAAGUAAAUAAAUUUAAAACAGCAUGAGCUACUGAUUUUUAAUAACCAAAGUCUUUAAAAUUGUAUUAAAGAAUGGGCAAAAUGCCUAAUCCAUAAUUAUACAAGAUGUUUUUGCUGUUUCAGUUCCUACUUUCUAGUGAAUCAUUUAUUCAUUCAUAGAGUGUACAGUUUGUAGAAACUGUUUGCAGCUGUCAAUAUUAAAUUAUAAUAAAUAUCAAAGGGUAAACAUUUUAUUCAUGAAUGAUUUUAAUCAUGAAUUAUUUUAUGAAACAAAUAUACAGAGCGUACAGUCAAACAAAGCCGAUGGAGAGUCUGUCAUGUUCAAUUUCUUAAAGUAUCAAAAUGUUAAUUAAAAGAAUACCAACAGUUUUAUCUGGGACCAAUCAGAAACUCAAAAUUAGGCUUUUUAUGAUCACAGUUACAAGAAAUGACAUCUAAACAUGCAGCUAUUCAUAUCAUGCUGCAGUUGACAUGACCUGAAUCUGUAUCUUAUUCAUAGGUUUAAAAACAGAUUAUGUUAUUGGUAAUUGCAAUUUAAAGAGAUUAUAUAGUCUCUGUAAAUAAGGCUGCCAGCAGUGUUGACUUAAUCACAAUGAUAUUAAAGUCUGAAAUUAACACAUUAA